CGACAGUCAGCAAAAUAGUGCAAUGGGAAAACGCUGUCAGCUUUGAUUGAACAGUAGUUGAACAGGCGGGUACAAAACAGCAAAUUCCGUUUCCCAUAAACAGCUUAUCACAAACAAAGCGUUGGCACGCGACGCAAGCUCGGGCGUUGAUCAUGAGCAGCACUUUGGCACCGAUGAUGCUCGCGCUUUGCGUGCUGCAGCAACUGGCCCUGGCUUCAGCCUAUCAGCAGCAGAAAAAGUGUGGUCUCUACGGGCAGGCUCCGUGUACGUUUGUUCCGGCUCCACCCGGAAUGACGCCAAAAUGUGCAUCACCGGGGAAGACUUUCUGCACGCAGAAUGAAGACUAUCCGACACCGCUGAUAACCAAUCUGGUGGAAAAGUUCGGCUUCCAUCGCAUCUUGGCUGACGAAGCACGCGUCGAGUUCAACGCGCACCGCAGCUGGGAGGAAGAUCAUCAUUACCACCACUUUUACGGCGGUAGUUACGGACCUCCGGCGUACCGACCACCCCCGCCGUCCUCAUCGACCCACGAGGGCUACUCGUACGACCUCACCAAGCAACCCACCGACAACACCGUCGUGUCGUACGACCGUAGUCCGGUGCCCCAGCCAAUCUACAUCCCAAAGCCACAGAACUCGUUCAACUUCAACACGUACGUCCGGGCGCCGAUCGUCCACAAGCAGCAGGUCCAACAAGCCACCGGAUACUUUUACCCACCCCCGGUGACCCAGUACAGUCCGGCGGAAUGGCUCCGACGGUUCGCCCGAGAUCUCAGCGAACGAAGGGGUCAACCCUUUCAGCACCAGCCGUCCACGCGUGAUAUCCGACCGGCACCGUUCCGGUUAGCGCCCGAGCUGGAGGUGCGACCGGCCCCAUUCCGGCCACUGCUGAACGAAACCGCACUGCGGGACAGUUUGGCACGGUCACGCCAGAAGCGGCAGGUCACCGCUGGGCGGUCACAGCUGUGCCAGACGAGGGAGAUGUACGUGACGCCUCAGGCGGCGCUCAACACCAAGGGAAACUGGAUGUACGUUGUCAACCACGAGGAUUCACGACAGCUGGUGAAAGCGGAGAUUUGCUCGUCAACGGAGUGCUCCAACCUGUGCAUCCUGCCGAACGGGUACAACUCCCGGUGCGAGCAAAAGUUCUCCCAGAAGCGGCUGCUGACGCUGGACAGCGACGGCCAAUCGCUGUACGUGGACACGUACUGGUUCCCGAGCUGCUGCGUGUGCACGCUGGCCAAUAACGAUAGCGGGGAUCAGUGAUCGGAACGGGAUAGGAAUUUAGUAAAUUUAAGGAUUUGAGUAAAGCAAACAACGCAAAUGUGAUGUAUGAUAUUAAUGUAAGGAGAUCUGCUUAGAUGCUACUGUAACGUUAGAUUUUUUUUUUUAUGCUCCAAACUGCUACAGAAUAUAAGUAAUUUAGACAAUACAGUUUAAUUUAUUUUGAACUAUUUUAACGUGUAUAAUCAAUUUAUAAAAAAAUAAUAAUGUUCAAAGAAGAAAAUAAAUGA